UGGGAUGGACUCUGAAAGCAGAAUGGAGAUGACCUUUAUUCAAAGGGUUGUAUUCAGUAUUUUUCUUUCCUUUUUUUUUUUUUUUUUCUCUCUCUCCCCCAGCCCCACCAGGUUAUGAGGGUGGGUAGGUGCUUACACAAUAACUCCUAUCACUCCUAGUGACCUUUUUUUUUUUCUUUGAUUUUUUUUCUUCUGGAUAUAUGGUGAGAGAGAGAUAGAGAAGAAGAAACACAGCAUUGUUCCAGCUUCUCCCCCCUGCAGGUAGGACCAGGGGCUUGAACUUGAGCCAUCCUGCAUGAUUCACUCCACCACGUAGAGCCUGAGUGAACACGGUGGGCCACACCAAGUCUUAACUGGUGAGUACUGGGGGCUUGAACCCAGAUCCUUGAGCACUGGAGUGUGUGUGCGCUUAACCAGGUGCACCAGCACCUGGCCACUCCUUUGUCUUCUGUAUAUGCAGGAGGUUGUGUGCAAUAUCCAGAAGCUGACCUCAAAGGGCUCACCGUCAAGUAGGCGAUCAGACUUUGAGAUUCUGAUUUCAAGCUAAGGCCGUAAGUAAAGAUGUCAAGCAAAACGGCCAGCACCAACAACAUCGCCCAGGCCAGGAGAACUGUGCAGCAGUUGAGACUAGAAGCCUCCAUUGAAAGAAUAAAGGUCUCAAAGGCAUCUGCUGACCUCAUGUCCUACUGUGAGGAGCAUGCCAGAAGUGACCCUCUGCUGAUAGGGGUACCAACCUCAGAAAACCCUUUCAAGGAUAAAAAAACUUGCAUCAUCUUAUAGAGGAAGAGUCAUCCAGAUUCCUCAACUCUUCUCACAAGAAAGCAGAAUUUGAACAGCUCCUUAACCAGAUUGACUUGCAGCUUCUUUGGUAGCACCGCUAAUAACUAAAAUGCUCUUCACUUGGAAUCAUGGACCCAGGAAGUCUUUUCUUUUCCAAGUGGCCCUGUCUCUAAAUUACCCUUUCUUGAUUUAAUGCAGAAUAAUGAUCUUAUUUUCUAUUUGGGAACUAUGGUGUCAGGUGUGGUAACUGCUUAAGGAAAGUUGGUCUAGGACUUUGAAAAAAAAAUUGUACACUUUUAAAUAUGUGAAUGAUUUAGUUAUGUCAAGACCUAAAUUACCUAAGCACUUGUCUAGAUUAAAAUAUGAAAAAUAAUAAGUCUGAAAAGUUUGUACCAUAGUAUGUUCUUAAUAGACUUGUGCCAACCUGUACAGUCUACACAAGGAUAUUGUGUGUGUGAGUAUGUGUGUGUGUGUGUGUGUGUUUGUAUAUAUACACUUGUCAAAGCUUAUUUCCUUAUGAAAACUUCUCUCUCUAUGCCAUAGGUUCCUUAAUUCCAGAACUUCUCUCUUUACUUUCAGUUGUGUAUAGGCAGAAUGAAAAAUUCCUUUCAUAUUGUCAUUACACAAGAACUACAGAACAUCCUAAAGAUUGUAUGUAUGUACUCCAGUAAUGGGAGUCGUCUCUCCUCUCUUGAAAUCUUGCUGACUUCUUAGGCUACAUACAAUAAACUGUGUGGAUUAAAACUGAAGGAUGGAAUGGAAAACCCUCGUAUAGUAUAUGGUAUUGAUUCACAGGGGCCCUUUCAGGCCUCAGAAGAGGAUGCUGGGCAGCUGUAUUCCCAGGGCAAGUGUUCUCUGGAUUGAGACCUAGAUAGCUCUGACAUUUCGACUGUCAGGACUGGAAUGAGGCACAGUGCACAUGAGACCGGCUGAGAGAGUAACAGGAAUGUGUGUGAAACCAGCUCCUCUUCUUAGCCAAACUUUGCAAAUUAUCUGUCUCUUUCUCUCUCAGCCUUUCCUUUCUCUCUCCUCUGCUGCUAGAAAGUCUGCUUUUUUGAGGUCACAUUUGCUUCUCCAUUCCUCAGUGGGUAGAACAGAAACAUACAUCCUACAUGAAGGCAUGAAUCACGUGAGCUCUUUUCAGAUAUCUGCGGUUUCAUCCCUAAGUGGUGGUACACAGACCAGCCCAGAAAGGAGUCAGGGGGCACACAAGGGAGACAGACACAACCUGACCUCAAGGGUUCUGGUAGUUGAGUUCCUUGAUUUUCCUCUAGGCCAAAAAAAAAAAAACACCUGUCCUCCCAACCAGGGAAUUUCCAGUGGAGAUCCCAAGUAAAAGAAUCUCCCCUGGCCAAAGGAUAUUUUAACUUUAUCAAAGAGGAGAAAUGGGUCCUUUCUUAAAAACACUCACUUAAGGGCCCAAACCAUCUACCAGGACUUUGGUGUUUGAAGGCAUUUUUCAAAUCAUUAACAGUCACAACUCAAGAGGGAACCAAAAAAGAAAACUGUAUUCUCCCCCAAAAAAGGACUCAGCCCAAGAAAAAAGCAUUUGUGACCGUUUACCUAGUUCCUGCAAUCUUACCCUGCAGGGUCGGCCCCAUUUACAAUCUUAUGUCCGCUCUUGGAAUAUGAUACUAGUUACGGAUGAACAAAUGUAGUCCUAUUUUUAAACUGUUCAAAGAUAUUCCGUAUUUCUCUCAGUCACCUAUCUUUCUGAAGUAUUAACUGCCUUCACUUUUCCCCAGGCCAAGUGAAAAUUAUGCCACUACCCUCAAUCUCUCGUCAGCUACACUAGCUUCUGCAAUAGGUCCCCUUACCACAAAAAAUUAUAGGUACCUUUUUCCGAACAAGAAUAGAUUCACCCUUUAAAUGGCAAAAUUAAAAAUGUACACUGAAAAAAAAAAAACCUUUGCAUUCAAUGCUUCAUUUAAUGAAUCUUUUUAUAAGUAUAUUUUUCUACUGACAGUUCCAGAACACUAGUCUUCUCUUCCCUCUGAUUUUUUUACCAUACUUCUUCAAAUACUUAUAAUGCAGUUAGUCGCAAAGUAUUUUCAUGAAAUGACUUUGAUUGCUCUGUCAUGCACAUUUGAGACAGCGAGCAUAUCUUAUUCUUAAGUACCAAAACAUAUUCUUUUACCUAGCAAAACCAAGAUUUUUCUGUAUACUUGCUAAGAUGCUUGUAGUGGUGUGUUUUGGACUUGAGGUCCCAGGAGAUUUCGUGUUUGUUUUUUUUUCCACUGUCCAGAUAUGAGUACAAAUGGGAGGGGACUUCCUAAUCAGGUAUAUGCAGAGCAUGUUCUAGAAAAAUGGAGUCAAGUCCUUUGCUAGAUCCAAGGAGGAGAAAAUUGUCUAUUUACGUCUAUUUAUGUAAAUAGCUGUCUAUUUACGUAUAACUAGAUGUCUGGGGGGAAAAAUAAUAUAUGUAUACAUUUAUAUGAUAUGCCGAAGUCACUUUUAUUUAUCAGACAUUAUCCUACUUAUAAAGCCACACUGUAACUGUUGUACAGCAACUGGUGUGUAAUAAUGAUGGACAAAUGCUGAGAGAGAGAGAGAGAGAGAGAGAGAUGCUCCCCUUCUGCCACCAGAGUGACACACUUAAUCAGUCACAUAUAUAUGAUCAACUUACUGCUUCAUUGCCUAUGAAGUUCUUUAAGUAUGUUCAUUAUACCUUAUUUUGAAUCUGCUCUAUUAACAGUAAUUUUUCCCUCUUCAGUCUUGUAUCUUCAUUUCUUCAUUUCAAAUCUGUCCAGUUCAGGCCUUGAGACCAUGACAAGAUAUGCUAGAUAAUAUAUUACAGAAGUACUCUUUUUAAAAAGCAAAAGGAAGGAAAAAGACACUUUAUAUGGCCAGGUGGUUCACAAGCUAUAAGUUGUAGCUAGUUUUUUGUUUAUUUGUUUGUUUUUUCUAGCAAAAAUCAAGUUUUUACCUUUCCUUACUUUUAUUAAAAUGAGAAGUGCCAUAAUUAUCUUUUAAAGUUCUCUUUUUGGAUUAUUUUUGUACUUUACUAAUCUUUAAAUUAUCAGAAGAAAAAAAAUCACUAGACCAAUGAUUUAGUAAUUUUGAGAUGUAGGUGAGUAGACAACGUGCCAAACUUUCUCUCCAGAUGCCUUCUCCACCCCCCAUUCAGAAGUACCAUAGUGUCAUCUGAAAGAUUUACUCCAAAUUUUGAUUUAAGGUCUGGCUAGGCCCAAGAAGUGACUGACCGUAUAUGUCUCAGGAAAAGAACUAUAAUACCAGAGUAUAAAGUAUCACUUAUCUUCAUGGUGGAGCUGUUAGUAGGGAAACAGUGUUGAGUCAAGCAGAAUCCUAAGUGAGUUGAAGCAGAGCUCUUAUCUAGAGCUGAGUGACCUGGCUUUCAGUCUUGGGUCAUUUUCCAGCCAAUCCUGUGUCUGUUUGGCCCAUGACUCUGGACUCUCUGGAUGUCCAUUUCAACUAAUUUGUAAGAUGAGAGACUUUAAAUAGAUUAUGACUGACAUCACUUCCUGCUGUCACUUGCCUCUGUCCUGAGACCUGUCCCUCCACUGGUCCUGCCAACAUGUUGGUGCUAUAUGCUGCUUCAAGUAGAAAAUUUGUCUGUAGUAUUUACUCAUUUAAUAGCUUAUGAAAAUCCUUUUUUAUUAUAAAGCUUUUUUUUUUCCUAGUUCUAUGGACUUGAUUACUGUAAUGGUCUGAUUUUUUUUUAGUCAUGUGACUAGAAACAUUUAUUCUCUUGAUAUCUCGGUAAAUUUGCAUUUAAUAUGUAAUUGAUGGGAUUUUUUGUUGUUAUUUUAUAACAUUCUAUGGCUGUUCAUCUGUCCAGCAACUUAUUAACCUAAACACUGUGAUCUUGAUCUGAAGAUCUUUCCUAUAUAGAGAAUAAAAUCCUUUACUUCACAACGAAUGUGUUCGCAGAAUUUGAAGAGUUUCAUUAAAUACUCCAUCACUCUC